AUGUCCUCAGUCCACCAACACCUCGAAGGCGCUCCAGCAUUCCCACCCUUUCCAGAGGGCAUGAAUCCAGCGGCGAUGCGUGCAAGAGUAGAAUUCUCCAACCACGGCACAGAAACAGGCCCUAUUGGCCAUCCUACUCGCCAUCACCCUAAUGACCACAACACUAGGUGGCUCUCGCGAGCUUUCCGCCGCCAGUCGACCAAGGAUGCUGAAUACCUCCGCACAGUUAGCGCGGGUAUCCUCAGGACGCAAUGGUGGGACGAAAAUGCACACUUCCCGGAUGCAGAACGUCUAUUCGGUCAACUCUUGGACAGGGAGGGCAAAUGCACCAUCUGUGGAUCUGAAAACGGCACAACUUGUCUAAAACAUCACUUUGCAUACAACCCACAAUGA